AUGCUAACGCGGAUUUCUCCUGAAACUUGGCAGGUCGGCUUCCAGUGGACCAGGUCAAGCGAUCAAGUAGCAGCAAGCAAUGCUGCUCCGCUCGUGGUCGAGGCUCCUGCUGCCGACCUAGAGGCCGGUGCUGUCAUUGUCGGAGCUUCUGCCAUCAGUGUCGCGGUUCCUGCUGUUGAGGUCGCGGUUCCUGCUGUUGAGAUCGCGGUUCCUGCUGUUGAGGUCGCGGUUCCUGCUGUUGAGAUUGAGGCUUCUGCUGUUGAGAUUGAGACCCCUGCUGUUGAGAUCGCACAUGCAGUUGACUUCAUUGAAACUGCUGACUUCUCAGCUGGAGAUGCGUCCUGGUUGGGUGUGGAAUCAGGGGAGGUAGCUCCUUCAUUCCUGGUCGCGGAGGCACAGCAUGGUGUGAAGGAGGGAGCAGAGGAGAGCACAGGCUGCUGCAGGAUGAAUUGCAGUGAGAGCAGCUGCAGCAGCCACAGUGCGUGCCUCAUCUCCUGGGAUAGCUGCACCUCCUCCUCCGCCUCCUCUGCUCUCCUUGACCUUGACUUCUUUGCUGACAGCUAUGGCAGCAGCGGCACAAACUUGAUGGGUGUGAAAAUGGGGAUUGGCCGAGGUUUUUGCAGCAGUGGAAAGGGAUGGAGAAUGGAGGUGAAGGAUGCUGGGCAGCCGGUGGGAAAACACGUGUUUCCAAACCUGAUGUUUGGGGAAAAUGAUGAGAGUGACGACAACUUCAUGUUUGAUUCGAAGGGGAGUGUGAAUAAGGGGAUCGUGCAAGGCUUGUGCAGCAGUGGUAAGGGAUGGAGCAUGGGAAAAAACGAGUUUUUAAACCAGCAGUUUGGGGAUUAUGAUGAUGAGGAUGAGGAUGCAGGUUACAGCAGCCAGGGCUUGGGAUUGGGUGGGAAGGGGAGUGUGUGCUACAUGAACCAGCUGUACAUGGAUGAAGAGGAGGAGGAGGAAAGGAGUUGCUUGGCAGCAAGUGGGAUUUCAGUUGGCAUCGGCAGGUUUGGUGCUCGGCGAAGGAUAACGGGCUCUAGGAGCCGAGUCACCCUCCGCAGAAUGAGUGCAUCUCUAAGGCAGUUCUAG